CACACAAUGGCGCCUCCACGAUACAGGAGCUUGCUGGACCUAGCGACGCGACGAGGGCAAUGGCUGUGCUCGUCAUGCACAAGAUCUGCCAGACGACCGCAAUGGAAUGCGCAGACGACUCGAAGCAUACAGACCUCCCAGAAGUCUGCGCAGUCGACACGGCCUGGCGCUGUUCCUAGCAUGGAGCAGAUGCGCAAGCCUUUCGAAAAGAAGAACGCGAACACCCUCUACUACACGCUAUCGAUCAUUCUCGGGACUGUCGCGCUCAGCUACGGCAGCGUGCCGUUAUACAAGACGAUAUGCCAGCAGACUGGAUGGGGAGGACAGCCGAUCAAGUCCUCGGCGCAUUCGGGGCCACUCACCGACGACGAUGAUGUGGCAUCCAGAUUGACGCCAGUCACAUCCUCUCGACGACUGCGCAUCACCUUUGCAGGAUCGACAUCCGACAUCUUGCCCUGGAAGUUCACACCCCAGCAGAGGGAAGUUAGAGUGCUGCCUGGAGAGACAGCUUUGGCAUUCUACACAGCCACCAAUAAUAGCAAGGAUGAGGAUAUCAUUGGAGUUGCCACAUACAGUGUGACACCUGCGCAGGUCGCGCCAUACUUUAGCAAGAUUCAAUGCUUCUGCUUUGAAGAACAACGUCUGAACAAGGGAGAGACCGUGGAUAUGCCGGUCUUCUUCUACAUUGAUCCAGACUUCCUCAAAGAUCCUACAAUGAGGAAUAUCGAUACGAUCACUUUGAAUUAUACCUUCUUCAAAGCAAAAUAUGAUAAAGACGGACACCUGGCGCCAGUGCCAAUGCCAUAUUGAAACGUAAAUGUAAACACAUACAGCAGAUAAACUACAAUAAGUCCCAGAAUCAGACUUUCUAUCACACCCCUCUUGAUUGACGCGAACAGCGUCAAUUCCCGAAGUUAUGCAGGAUAUCUGCUCUGGGCGGCCUAGAGCCAAAGAGGCCAUUA